UGCUGCGUCGCUUUGUGACUUGUGCGCCUACACACCGAGUGCUGUGGUCUAGCGACGCGUGUGCGGGCUGCUAGCACUGCUCAAAGAGCACUGCUCUCGCAGCCGCACAGCGAGGUGUUUUGCAUCAAACCAGGUCGCCACGCAGCGUAGCCGCACGCGAAGCAAAAGCACUCGUGGAAUACGUCAAACGCAUCCACAUCAAUCGAAACUCGACUGCUUGCGCGCCUUACGCCGCGAACCUUAUACACAGCAACCAGUCUACAUGGCUCAGCAAGUGCAGGCGAAGCAGCGCGAGCUGCAAUCCAAAUUGGAGGCCAUGCUGGCCUCCGUGGAAGACGAGCGGCUGCGGCCCAUGCGCAAGCAGGGCUUCCUCGCGAUGGCGAAGUGCUGCGACCUGUCCGACCCGACGGCGUACCAGCAGUGCCUCCAGAAGGCGCAGCUGCCCGAGCAGCGCGCUUCGCAAGUAGUACAAGGGGAGUUAAACGACUUCCAGAGCCGGCUCCAGCGCGCGAUCGCGACGUGCCAGGACGACGUCAAGGACGGUUCGCGCGCGGCGUCCGAUCAGAUCUCCUUACGCCAUCGAGCAGAGAUAUCCCGGGGGUCGCGUCGCUGGCGUGCGAACGGUCGCAUCACACCACAGGCGGCUACUCCGACCAGAACCGCGCGCAGAACGUCUUCAACACGUGCGUCGGCAAGGUCUUCGACGCGCACGCGGGCAUGCUCGGCGACGUCAAGAAGCGCAUCGAGAAGGGUUUAUCUCGUUAACAUUCAAGUUUAGUGUGUCACAGCGUAUGUUGGAUAGGGCGUCUGCACCAUCAUUCCAGCUCCGAAGGCGAGGAACAGCAUCGCGAGCGUCGAGAACCAACCAAUACAAGGUUCCGGUCGCGAGCGGCUCCGGACGUCGGCCUUGGCCGCGUCGACGACGCGCCGCAGCGUCGCCUCGCGCUCCUCGGCACCGCGGACGCGCCGCUCGGCCGCCGCCGCCGCGGAUUCGAGCUCGUUGAGGCGCGUCAGGGCCCGCUGCGUCGCCUCGGCCACGCGCGCUUCUUGGCGCUCGGCGCUGACCGUCGCCGCGGCGCUCUCCACGAGCUUCCUGGCUUCGGCGCUGUCCUCGUCGAAAUCAAGAUUGCGUCGCCCGAGUGACUGGCGCUGUGGCGGCUGAGGGGAGUAGUGCGACCGGCUGACCGGCGCGUCGGACCGGCCGGAGAUGUGCGCCGCACUCGGCGGGCGCUGCUGCGGCGUCGGCCGCACGGCGGCGGGCGGCGUCGGCCGCGCGGCGGCGGCGAACUCCGUCGCGCGCUGCCGCGCCUCGCUCGACGGCCAAGGGUAGGCCUUGCGCUGCUCGAGCGCCCGUCUCAAUUCGGAGUUUUUCUUUUGGAGGGUCCUCAGUUCCUCGACCUCCUCCUUGUGGCGCCGCGCGGAGGUCGGGCUUGUGAGCGGCGGCGUGGUGAUGUGGCGCAAGGGGCUGCGCGGUGUUGCGUAGCUCGUCAUCGUGUGUUGUACGGACGGCGGUGUUGUCGGUAGGGUUCUCCUUCGCCGACGGUCCCGCGCGGCGCUGCUUUUUUUGGCGUGCGCGGCGGCUUCCGGGCAAGCUUUAACUGUGUCACGUCUGGCGCGCUAAACUUUUGGCGCUUGGUCCCAGCGCUGAAAAGGCUGCUGCUACAGUAUAAAUCAGAGCGCUGCGGGUCAGCAAGCGACUUGGGGCCAGAUGGCCAGCUAAAACGGCUAAAAAAUUCUGGUCUUUGAUU